CGACGGAAGACGCAGACGGACAGACAUCCGGAUUCCGGAGGUCUGAUCGGAGAUCCGAGAAAGCAAUGGAUCAGGAGGUGGUAAACCGGAGCGGUGUUCGCUCUUCACCGGACCCAAACCCAUGUCCAAUCUGCCUCUCGUCAAUGGCUCAAGAGUCUUACCUCGAUACAUGUUUCCAUAAGUUUUGUUACAAUUGUAUUGUACAAUGGACAAAAGUUGUUGCAGGAAAACAUUCUUCCCCGCCUUCCUCUGUGAAAUGUCCUCUAUGCAAGACGGAAAACUUUUCAAUCAUCAGUGGAUAUGAUGGAAGUUUCUUUGAACGACAUUACAUAAAUAAGAUUUUUGGGGACAGUUUAACUUUUAACUUUACAAAAGCACACAAGUAUAGAUUACAAUGCUAUUACACUGAACCAGGUAUUCUAAGUGACCUAUUUAACAUAUCUCGAUAUUGGAAAUUACGGAAAUAUCUUCAGUCAAACGUCUGGCUUCAUUGUUGGUUGAAAAGGGAAAUUCAAGCUCUAAUGCAGGAAGAAGAUGUUGACAUUAUUGUUCAUCACAUACAGGGCAUGAUUGAUUCAUUCUUCAAAAGAAUUGAUCAGAUGCAUCCAAUGAAGAAACCUGAAACAAAACAAGAAGAGUUCAAGGCUUCAGUCUCAGAUGCAGCUAGGCCAUUUCUGCUGGCAAGAACAGACCGAUUUGUGAACGAGUUGGAACUGUUUCUAGCUUCAGGACUGAACAUUGAAGCCUAUGAUGCAGUUUACAAGCAACGCCUGGGUUGGAACACGCCUAGAGGAACCACUGAACCAGUAGAAAGUGAAUCUAAUGAACAAAGACCUGUAGUUCCAUACUUAUAUAUCUUUGAUGCAGACUCAGAUGAAAAUGAAUAGAAGCUCUCAUUUCUAAUCUCACAGAGCAUUUUCUUUUGUUUCAUCCAGUUAAAUGUAUCUUGUUAUGAGUUUCUCCUGUUUUUGGUUUCCACUAGUGACCAGAAAUUAAGAGUGCACAGCUCACAUUAGAGAUAACUCCCCUGCUUUAUGGUUUUGGUGGGUUCCCUAAAUUCUUUGGUUCCAAUGAUGACCAGAGACUAUGAGGUCAAAACUCAUUUCUUUCUAGUUCUAGAGUCUGUAAAGCCCUUGUCUAGAAUGGUGCUGUAAGAUGGGGUUAUAAUAUUUCCUUCUUAUGGAUUCAAGUUCUCUUGAUAUGCAACAAUCUAUCACAGGGAUUCCAAGGGAAGAUCAGACCAGCUUUCCUUUUCUUCUUCUUUGGUAAUGGUAGCAGCGGCUAUUCUGUUCUCCAUUGGAGGAAGGAAAAUGAUGGUAUUGGCAUAUGAUAAACGCAGUAUGAAAUUGACAUUAAAUGUUGUCCUGUGAUGCUUCUUACAAAUGUAUUUUCUUGUCUUUCACCACAAGAAGAUUUUCUUGUAUUUUGUAUUCUGUGAGAUCCUGAAUUAAUUGAAUUUGUUUUU